UGUACUGCCAUUGAGCUAUAUAAAACAUCUAACCUAACCUCGUUUGCACUCGUCUGUCUGUGGUUGAAAGCACGUGCUGUUCGCGACACAUUUCAUCAAACGUAAAAUAUAAGUACAAUUCGUAAAGUUUAUAAAAAAUGAACGCAUCGGAGAAUGGUGUUGCUCAUAAGAGUCACAGAGAACGAAAUGCUGGACGUAAAGCAGAGAAGAAGAAGGCCAAAAAGGAUGGCCACGUUCAAGAGCUCACUGAUAAACAGAAAAACCCGAAAGCUUUCACGUUUCAUUCCGCGAUCAAAGCUGAGAGGCGAUUUAGACGUAAGCAAGAUAUAGAAACAAAGAAGCAGCAUAUACCACUGGUCGACAGGACACCCUUGGAACCUCCGCCGGUUCUGGUCGCGAUUGUCGGCCCUCCGAAAGUAGGCAAAUCUUUGUUGAUCCAAUGUCUGAUCAAGAGCUUUGUAAAACAGCCGCUUACCAAUAUACUCGGUCCUGUUACCAUCGUCGCUGGGAAAAAACGGAGAAUUACAUUCCUGGAAUGUAACAACGACAUAAACAGUAUGAUAGAUAUUGCCAAAGUAGCAGACUUAGUUCUGCUUCUGAUCGACGCAUCCUUUGGCUUUGAAAUGGAGAUAUUCGAAUUCCUGAACAUUUGCCAAGUCCACGGUAUGCCUAGGAUCAUGGGCGUUCUAACUCACCUGGACUUAAUAAAGAAUGCUAAACAGUUGAAGCGGACUAAGAAAACGUUGAAGCAGAGGUUCUGGACAGAAGUCUAUGCCGGCGCCAAAUUGUUCUAUCUAUCUGGAUUAGUCCAUGGGGAAUACUUACGUACAGAAGUGAAAAAUCUAUCUAGAUUCAUAUCUGUCAUGAAGUUCCGACCUUUGACUUGGCGCACUAUGCAUCCAUACAUUCUCGUCGACAGAGUGGAAGAUUUAACACCCCCAGAAUUGAUUAGGCAAAAUUCUAAAGUUGAUAGGACAAUCAGUUUAUAUGGGUACGUGAGAGGUAUCCCCUUGAACAAAGAAACGUCCAUACAUAUUCCGGGCUGUGGAGACCUGAAAAUGAAAGACAUCAGCUUCCUACCAGAUCCGUGCCCACUGCCGGAGGAAUUGAAGAAACGGGCUUUGUUAGAAAAGGAACGACUGAUAUAUGCACCUUUCUCUGGCGUAGGCGGCAUAGUCUACGAUAAAGACGCGGUUUACGUUGAACUUGGUGGCAGCCACUCGCACAAAGAAGAGGAAACUGGUUUGGUCGGUGCUCUAAUGGACACGCAAGAGACAUUGGAUCAAAAGUUACAACAUAGCGAGUUACAGUUGUUUAGUGAUGCUGCUCCAAUAAAGUCGCAAGAUGUUGGUGAAAAUGUAGAUCGGUACAUGGAAGAAGCUGUGAUCGAUAAUGGGAGGAUUAGAAGAAAGGUUUUAUUCUCCGAUUCCGAACUAACCAGGUCUUCUAAUAUGGAGGAUAGCGAAAAUGAAGCAACGGACAACGACGAAGAUGAGCCAGAAGAAAAUAAUGACGACUCCAUCGACAAUGAUAUCGAGUCGGAUGAAGAAAUUAAAGUUAAGGAUGUUGAUAGUAAGAAAGGUGUUAAGAGAAAAAGAAAAAAUGAAUUAGGAAACGUUAAGAAAAAAAGAAAUUCUGACUCCGAAAGUAAUGACACACCUCUUACGAAAGACUCACUGAAUGUUGAAGCAAAUAGUAUUUCAAAUGUUUAUCAUUCCCUGAGCAAAGAAUCGGAUGUCUUGAUAAAGAAUAAGAUUACCGAAGCGCUAAAUCAAUUGAAUUCAAGAUCGAGUAAAGUAGAGGAGAUGGACAUGGACGACGAAAGUUUUGAUGAGCUUAGUGACGACGAUUCACGAGCUGGAUUAGAAAUGGACGAGCUGGAAGCAGAAUCUAUGUCCGCCUCUGAGGAGGAGGAAGACAAUGAUGAAGAUGAAGACGAGGAUAAAGAAGGAAUCGCAGAUGAGCUAAAGUGGAAGACGAAUUUAGCUGCGAAAGCUAAGAAGGCAUACGAAAAUCGGCAAAGAACUAAUAAAACGAAUAUCAUGAAGCUCGUUUACGGAGUGUUCGAUAGAAAUCGUGUGCAAGAGAAGGAAGAGGAUGAGAAGGCCGAUGAAAACGAAGAAAUCGGUGGUAUUUUCCGCGUGGUUCAAGAACAGCAGAAACAAAGGAUACAAGAGCGAGAACUACAGAAUCAAGAAGAGUCUAUCUACUUCCCUGAAAGUCAGCGGGAUUGGUUAAUGGAGGAGAGUAAAGUACUCGUGAUGAAUCGUUUCGUAACCGGUAAAUGGAAAGACUCGGAAGAUGCAGAGGAACUCUUGAAAAUGGACGAUUUGGACGAGGAGGAAUUGUACGGGGACUUCGAAGAUCUGGAAACUGGGGAGAAGCAUGAAGCGUUAAAAGAGUCUAUAUCCGAUGAAAUAGAGGAGAAGAAGAAGUUGCUUGAGAAGAAACAAAAGUUAAAAGAACAGUUUAAUUUGGAGUACGACAACGGUGAAACUAAAACGUAUUACGACGAGUUAAAACUGGAAGUUGAAAAACAAGCAAAUCUUAAUAAGUCUGAAUUCGAAGGUCUGCUUGACGAUGUCAGAGUACAAUUAGAGGGUUAUCGACCUGGGAUGUACGUUCGCGUUGAAAUUGAAACUGUGCCGUGCGAACUUAUCACUCACUUGGAUCCCACGUAUCCCCUGAUCAUCGGUGGUCUUUUGCACGGCGAAGAGAACAUUGGAUACGUACAGACCCGAAUAAAAAAGCAUCGAUGGUACCCAAAGAUUCUGAAGAGCAGAGACCCGCUGAUACUUUCCGUUGGCUGGCGCCGAUUUCAGACGCUGCCAAUUUUUGCCAAACUAGAGGACAAUCUCAGAAAUAGGAUGUUGAAGUACACACCCGAGCACGUCGCCUGCAUGACUCACUUCUGGGGCCCUAUCACGCCGCAAGGUACAGGAGUUUUAGCAGUUCAAGACGUUGCAACGAGGACACCUGGAUUUCGGAUAGCGGCGACGGGUUCCAUCGUAGAGAUGGAUAAGAGCACUCAAGUAAUGAAGAAGCUGAAACUCACCGGCGUGCCGCUGAAGAUUUACAAAAAGACCGCCUUCAUUAAAGAUAUGUUCAAUUCGGCGUUGGAAGUAGCAAAGUUCGAAGGUGCCAAGAUAAAAACAGUCUCCGGCAUACGCGGACAAAUAAAGAAAGCCGUAUCGAAACCAGAAGGAUCUUUCCGAGCAACGUUCGAAGAUAAGAUUCUCUUGAGCGACAUCGUCUUCUGUCGAACUUGGUACAAAGUCGAUGUACCGAAAUUUUAUAAUCCAGUCACGUCGCUCUUAUUACCGCCCGAAGAGAAGAAUCUCUGGCAAGGGAUGAAAACGACCGGCCAGUUGAAGAGAGAGAAGAACAUACAUAUGCCGGCUAACAAAGAUUCUAUGUACACGCCUGUUGAAAGAGAGCCGAAAGUGUUCAGACCUUUGUCUAUACCUCGAAGUUUGCAGAAGGAACUACCGUAUAAAGACAAGCCGAAAUUAAUACCGGCUGGCAAGCACAAGCAGAAUAGAGUGGCUGUGAUAAGAGAACCGGAGGAAGCGAAUGUAGCCAAGUUGAUAAAGAUGAUCAAAACAAAUUACGCGUACAAGCAGAAACAACUGAAGAUAGCUACCAAACAAAGAAUACGAGCGCAUCGAGCUGAGAUUAAAGCCGUGGAAGCGCGAAAACUUAAACGACAGAAAGAGUUGAAGAAGCACGUGUUCAGGGAACUCAGUAAAUUAGAAAAGAAAAAGAAGUCUUAACGUUCGUAAGAUGUAGUGCUCCGUGAGUAAGACAACUGUUAUUUAAUUUCUUUUAUGAAGUAUUCCUACGCGUAGGAAUGUGUGUACAAAGGAGAGACCAGGCUGAAUUUGUCAAAAUAUUUGUUUUAUUGGAAACAUUUUAGAUAAGUUAUAAUGUCGUUAUAUAUUAUGAAAAUAUAUUAGCCCAUAAAAAAUA